UUUUUUCUGUUUGUGUAUGGGGUUUUUUGUUUGUUUGUUUUGUUUUUUGAAACAGGAUUUCUCUGUGUAGACUUGGCUGUCCUGGACUUUAUUUUUUUUGUAGCCAGGCUGUCCUUGAACUCACAGCCUGCCUCUGCCUCCCUAAUGCUGGGAUUAAAGAUGUGUAACACGCCUGGUUUGUUUUUGGUUUUUCAAAAUAAGGUUUCUCUGUGUUACUGUAUCUGUCCUCAACUCCCUCUGAAGACCAGGGUGGCCUCUGCCUCCUGAGUGGUUGAUCAAAGGCCUGUGCUACCACUGCCUGGCUUUAUUUGGUGGGCGGGGGAGGGUUAAUUUUUUUUUCAGAUUUAUUUUAUGUAUAUGAUGUUUACACAUGCAUGCCCGGUGCCCAUACAUAUUCUAAGAGGGCAUUGGAGCCCCUGGAAUUGGAGUAACACAGUUGUGAGUCACCAUGUGGAUGCUGGGAACUAAACCCAGGUCCUCUACAAGAGCAACAGUAUGUUUAGCUGCACUUGUUAAGCUGUUAUUACUCCAGCCACUGAGCUUUAGGCAGGAUCUGUCUAUGAAACUGUUGCUGGCCUAGAAUGUUGCCUGGACUGGCCUCUAACUUGUUAUAUAACUAAGGACGUGAACUCGUCCUAAACCUCCUGCCUCCACUUCUGAGUGCAGAAAGCUGCACUUAGCUAAUAAUAGUGGCAUUAAGCAUCUUCUUAAGGUCUGUUCAUCACUUGUACAUUUUAGGAGAAAUGACUCUGAAAUCCUUUGCCUGCUCUCUAACUCACUGAUUGCUUUAUUGUUGGUGGGUCUUUAUAUGUUGGGUACUGAUUGCUAAUCCUGUAUACGAUUUCUGAAUUUUCUUCCUACCAUACAUUGUCCUGUGUGUCCUUUAGCUCACAGGAGUUUCUAUUUUGAUGAAAUCCAGUUAACCUUUUCCUUUUGUCAUCUGUGUUUUAGAUAUCAUUCCUUCCCUGUGUUUCUUUGCAGUAUUUUCUUUCUUUCUUUCUUUCUUUCUUUCUUUCUUUCUUUCUUUCUUUCUUUCUUUCUUUCUUUCUUUUUUCCCCUUUGGUUUUUUUGAGAUAGGGUUUCUUUGAGUGGCCCCGGUUGUCCUGGAACUAUCUCUGUAGACCAGGCUGGCCUAAAACUCACGGAUAUCCUCCUGCCUUUGCCUCCCAAGUGCUGGGAUUAAAGGUGCGCACCACCACUGCCUGGCCUGUAUAUCGCAGUUUUAACUGUUAGGAUCUGAUCCAUUUUUCUCCCUCACCCUUUGCAUGUUUGUUUCUAUGAGAGCUCAUCAGAUGAGCCCUUGAAUGAAAGGAAGCACCAGGCCUCGCAAGGAUGGAGCAUGGCUGUGGGGAUCCCAUGCUGGCCUUCGAGGAUUCUCUUCUGCACAGAUGUUCAGAUUGAUUCCACUUUAUUUACGUAUUUGUUUGGAGGCAGGGUCAUUCUCUGUAGCCCUGGCCAACCUGGAACUGUCUAUGUAGCUAGGCUGGCCUCAGACUUAGAGAGACCUGCCUGCCUCCGAAGAAACGGCUUGUUCUGUCACGUAUGACUUUCUGGCUAUGAGAGACAUAAACAAGGACAAGAUCCAGGACGUUCUCUUUCUUUAUAAAAACACCAACGGCAGUAACAAUUUCACCAGAUCCUGUGCUGAUGAAGGCUUUUCCACUCCCUGUGCCUUCAUGGCUGCUGUGUCAGGGGCCAAUGGCAGCGUGCUCUGGGAGAGGCCUGUGGCCCAAGAUGUCACCCUUGCGAAGUGUGCCAUGCCACCACCAUCAGACAAUGAGUUGUCUUCUGCCUGUAUCCUUGUGGGAGGACUGGGUUCUUUCAUCGCAGUCAGCUUGUUCACAGGGGAAACCCUAUGGAGCCAUUCCAGCAGCUUUGGUGGGAAUGCGUCCAUCCUGAGCCCUCUGCUUCAGGUGCCUGACGUCAACGGUGAUGGUACCCCAGACCUACUAGUCCUCACCCGGGAGGGACAGGAGGUCAGUGGAGCUAUCUAUUCAGGCAGCACCGGGUACCAGAUUGGUCACAGAAGCAACCUUGGUGUGGAUACAGACGGUGUCGCCCUCCUUCACGUGACCAAAACGGGUGCUCACUAUGUUCUCCUGCCCUGUGCAAGUGCUCUCUGUGGCUUCUCUGUGAAGAGUCUCUAUGAGAAGGUGACUGGGAAAGAAAGCCAGUUUAAGGAGGACUCCUACUGGGAGAACAAGCUCAAUCGCUCCGCCCACCGGAGGCUUCUGCACAGCACUGGAGCAGUUCGCUACCUGAUGAACGUCCCAGGGAAAGCUGGCCAGGACUUGCUGCUUGUGAGCUCGGAGGCCUGUAUGUUGCUGGAUGGACAGGACCUGGUGCCCAGGUGGACCCUUGAUGCAACUCAGGUUCUGAGAAAGCCCAUCCUUGGCCACUACAAACCAGACACCUUGGCUGUGGUCAUUGAAAAUGGAACCAGCACUGACAGACAGAUCCGGCUUCUGGACCUCAGUACUGGAUCUCUCUUGUGGAGCCAGUCCCUCCCAAGCCUGCCUGGGGGCCCACCAUCCACAAGCCUGAUGACUGCAGACCACCGCUCAGCCUUCUUCUUCUGGGGCCUCCAUGACCUUGUGAGCACUAAUGAGAUGGAGCCCCAGGACGUGCCACACAGCCUGUUUAUGUUCCACCCCACCCUGCCCGGCGUCCUGCUGGAACUAGCCAACGUGUCCGCCAACAUCGUGGCAUUCGACGCGAUCCUAUUUGAGCCAAGCCGCCAUGCUGCCUAUGUGCUCCUGACGGGCCCAGCAAGCUCAGACACCCCCGGCCUGGUCUCUGUGACCAAACACAAAGUGCGAGACCUUGUCCCAGGCAGUAGAGUGGUCCACCUGGGCGAAGGCAGCUCAGACAGCGACCAGGCUAUCCGCGACCGGUUCUCCCGACUACGGUACCGGAGUGAGUAGGUGGUGUCAGCUGGAGCACAUGCAGAGACUCCAACUGUGAAAACAAAGCCUCCUGGGAAGUUGCCCUGCCCUCAGCCUUCAUGCUGAUCUCACCGCUUGGCCCUCUGGGAGCUAUGGCCUUGCCAGUCACAUACAAGGAUGUUGGAGGGAGCACCUCCAGCCUCCUGCCUGUACCAUGCCCUCCCUCAAAGAUCUCACUGUGUGUCCCAUGUGAUCUGGUUAAGGCCAGUAAGCCUCCGUGUGGUCUCCCUGGGCCAGUACGGGUAAGUCAGCCCCGUAGGCAGCUCAUCACUUAGUGCCUCCUUACCCUCCCACUGGAAAAGCCACUGCUGCAGAGCAUACUGCUCCCUAGGCUCUGUCUGCGAUGUCCGCCCUCUCCCUCCAGCCGGGCUUUUCCCUUGUCUGCACUGCCUCUCAGGGGUCAUAAAGCUCAGAUGGUGGUGGGCCCUGGGUUGCUUCAGGGCCGCAGCUGGAACCUGAGAAGCUGCUUCCCAUAGCAGAAGGGGAGUGCCUCCCAGAAAGCGAGCGAUGAGGAGUCCGACUGGGCAGAAGGGAGCCCGUCCUGGAGCCCACGGGUGCACAUGAGAGAUGUACAGAGUGCACACUGAGUCAGUCUCUUCCCUCAGUACACUGGACCUGCUGUCUGCCCCCGGCACAGCAGGCAUUCCCUUUCCCUACCCUCUGGUGCUUACCUGAUGCAGGUCUCACCUUGUGCCUUGUUGCUCCUGAGGCCCAAGGGCAACAGAGCAACCCUGCCCAGACCAGAUCCCUAGCUCUGUAGCCAAAGCAGUCCCGUGACCACAGCCACCAUGGAAACCACCAUAAUAAAUGAUUUGCACUGAUGGGGGAGAGCCCCAGCAGCCCAGCGUGA